GCUCUAAGGAGUUCAGUCUUCCUAUAGUAUCUCCUGUGCAGCACAUUCGCUCGAGCUUCUAGCCGUCAUCGUUCGUGCUAGUCACUUCUAAGCUUUUAAGAUGGCGGCACUUGCUCAGUCUGCUGUUGUGGCAGCUAUUUCCAGCGCCCCGGUUGCCUCCGGCGCUGUUGCUACCUCCAGCAGCAAGGCUCAGAGCAAUUCCUUUGCCUUGAAUGGCCUCAAGAGCGCAUCCACCUCUCUGCAGGUUGCCCAGCCCAGAGAGUGGUUUUCCAAGACCGUCUCCAACAGCACCCGCGUGGAGUGCAUGAAGGUGUGGAACCCCUACAACAACAAGAAGUUUGAGACGAUGUCCUACCUCCCUCCUCUGAGUGACACGAUGAUUGCCAAGCAGAUCCAGUACCUGAUCAGCAACGGCUGGAUCCACACCAUCGAGUUCGACCAGGCUGGUGACAUCACCCGCACCAACGGGUCAUGGCGCACCUACUACGACGGGAGGUACUGGACCAUGUGGAAGCUCCCCAUGUUUGGCUGUAAUGACCCCUCUCAGGUUCUGGCGGAGAUCAAGCAGUGCAAGACAGAAUACCCCAACGUUUUCAUCUGUGUCAUCGGAUUCGACAACGCGCGCCAGGUGGAAGAUCAACCUCGGCGCAACAUCGAAAAUCCGAAGAGGAGGAGAAUCAUUGAGGGGGUGGGAGAGGAGAAGGAGGCAAUUGAUCUGAGGGGUUCCGAUGGUGUCGAGGCAGGCGACACCGGAAAACGAGACGUGUCACUGGAUGCAGUCCAUAAGACACAACAGUCCCACUCGCACGAUAAUAUCGAGGGCAGCGGUGGACGUAGCGAGGGCACAUGUAACGAAGGAGAAUCGUACGAAGAAGAUGCGAGCAACGAAGAGGAGAACAGCGACAGUGGGUCCCGCAACAACGAGGAUGGCGAUGACGACGAUGAAGAGGAGGAAGACCGAUCCCGGAGCAGCGUCACGGAAGAAAGAUGUAGCGAAGACAAUACACAAAACACGUCUCGAAGAACGCAUGGAGGAACAAGUGACGGACGCAGCGAGGAACAUAAUGCGGACAAGCAGUUAGUCCUGAAGGAGAAGGCAAACGAAGGACGCAGACACAUAUUACAAGGAGGGAGACAGCGCAAGGACGACACGAAAGUGGCCAAGCAAUCGGGGGUUGCCACAGGAGAGGAAAGCGAAUUAUUUGGGAAAAAGCAAAAAGACAGACUGUUGAGGUCCAUCGCGAAAACUUUUGUGCACUCAACAGCGAAGGACGCAACUUUUUACUCUUCAGAGGACGGCUUCUUCAAUGCGGUGCAGUUGGCUGCUACCCUUUUGGGAGAAGAUGUAAGAGCAGGAUGGGGGAAGCAUGUAGAGAAGAAGGGUUUGCAGAAUGUGCUCAUAGAGUGCAACCGAAUGAUGACAACGGUCCGCGGAGAGUUGUCUUGGCACUUGAGACACUGGUUCUGGGCAGAGAGAGGUGUCCCCCUCGUACGCGGCGCACAGACGGAUCACAAUAACACCAUGCGCAACGAGCCGCGUUGCCAGAUGAGCAAAGACAAAACGUGGAGGAGGAAGGACGACGAGCCAUGGGGAGCGUCACAUUUCAAGAGGGUACUCACAAAAGUGUUCCAAAUAAGAAAAGACGGUGAGAAGUUGGGCGUGACGUUGCAGCAACUAGCGUUUACCGAACUUGUGAUCCGCACAGAAAUCGAGCAGACGAAAAAGUCAAGCAAGGCGUCAGAUCAGUUGCUGCAAAUGUUUGAGAAGUCUCGGGAUGAUCUAUUCUUGGGAUCAAUUGCAAGUGUGAGUGCGUUUAUCUCAACGUAAWUUWUUWUWWUUUUUUUKAUUGGYCGUUUGUUUGGCGAGGAGCAAGAAGCAGGAGAGCGGGCAACUUUCUGGUCUAGUUUGUCCUCCUCCUUUUUCGUCGCAAUCAUUGCUCUGCUUCUGUCAGUGGAAUUUGGAAUUGGAUGGAUACGAAGAAAAAGAGCUUUAAAAGUUUGAAGGAAGAAACUGGCUGAAACUGAAAUUUAAAGGGUUCGCUGGAAUUCUCUUUUUCUCGCUGCGUAGCAUUUUCUGAACUUUUCUCUCAUCCGGAGUUUGAUUGGUUGUCGAGGCUUUGACUACAUUAUUCUACCGAUGUCGGAGAAGCAAAGACAACGACGAAGAACAAAAUGAAUAAAACAUG